CAUUUAAGACUGUAGGUACUAGGGUAUAUAUUAAUAGUAACUAACAAAUACAAUGAUCAAGAUGGUUUGAAAGAAAAGUGUAGAUUUUAUCGUUAUAUGUGAUUGUCUGUCGAGAUUAAUUCAACAAAAUUAUCAUGGAUCUGUUAUGUCUUUGAUUAAAUCGACAAUUCUUUAAAACGUAGAUCUUGAAUUUAUCUCUGUGCAUUACACUGGCCAAUCUCGCGGAAAUAUUUAUAGUAUAGUAUGUCUACAACAAAGCAGGAUAGUGCCGUGUUUAUAAUGGACGAUGUUCAAGUAAUUGAUGAUAAACAAAAUGAGAAAGGUAUGAACUGGGGUAAAGGACAGGACCUGAUUAAAAACGGAUAUGGAACCAGUGUUGAAAUGGGACAUCCACAUAAGGGUCAUGACGUUCGUUCUCCACAUUUUGCCCAACCACUUGGUAAAAAGCACGAUAAAAAUGUGAUAGUUCCAACGCACGAUGCUUCCCACAGUUUGGUGGAUUCCAUGGAAACGGUGACGUUAUCCUGGGAGAACGUUAACGUAGAAGUCAAACCAAAGAACAGACCGUGCUGUAGAGGACCAGACCCUAGCGUAGUUCAGAAACGAGUUCUCAGAGAUGUGUAUGGACAUGUGAAGCCUGGCACACUUUUGGCAAUUAUGGGGGCAAGUGGCUCAGGAAAGACAACUCUGCUUAAUACUCUGACGUCACGAAUUAACAGUGAAUCGUUAAGCGCAGCCGGAGAUAUUAAGGUCAACGGUAUUGAUGUAGGCACGGGAAUUCGGAAUAUCUCUGCUUACGUUCAACAAGACGAUCUAUUUAUAGCUACUAUGACAGUGAGAGAGCACCUUACAUUCAGGGCGUUGUUGAGAAUGGAACAGGAAGUUUCCAGGGCGAGGAGAUUAGAGCGUGUUGACGAGGUCAUACAAGAACUCGGUCUACAGAAGUGUCAAGACAAUAUCAUCGGAAAUCCUGGUAGAAUCAAGGGAAUAUCUGGUGGGGAAAUGCGUAGACUUUCUUUUGCGUCGGAGAUAUUGACCAAUCCACCGCUGUUGUUCUGUGACGAACCAACUUCCGGUCUUGAUUCAUUCAUGGCGGAAAAUAUCGUUCAAUUAUUGAAAGCAAUGGCGGAUAAAGAUAAAACAGUGAUUUGUACAAUUCACCAACCUUCAUCUGAGGUGUUCGCAUUGUUUCAUCACGUUCUUCUGAUGGCGGAAGGCAGAGUUGCGUUCCUUGGAGACUCGGCUGGGGCGCUCAACUUCUUCAAAGAAGCUGGCUAUCCUUGUCCAGUGAACUACAACCCGGCUGACUUCUAUAUUAUGACGAUGGCAGUGGUACCAGGCAACGAAACAGAAUGUAAACAAAAAAUUGAGGCAAUUUGUGACAAAUUCGAUGGUACACCCAAUGCCAAAUCAGUACUUGCUGAGAACAAACGUGUUGCCGAGAACCCCAAACGUACAGGGAUCAUAUACGAGGAAGCAUUUAGCAACACAUCUAGGUACGAAGCAUCCUGGGUACGUCAAUUUGCUGCCGUGUUUGAAAGGUCCUGGAAAACCACAGUCAGGGAGCCAAUGGUAGCUCGAGUUCGAUUUGUACAGACAGUAUUAUUAUCAAUAGUCCUCGGACUGAUCUACCUGCAGUUAGACGUGGACCAGAGGGGUGUUAUGGACAUAAAUGGUGUUCUCUUUCUCAUGAUUACAAAUAUGACUUUCACAAACGUGUUUGGCGUACUAAAUUCGUUUCCGCUGGAGACGCCAAUAUUUUUACGAGAAUACGGUGUUGGACUUUACAGAGUGGACGUUUAUUUCCUUAGCAAAUGCCUUGCCGAG